AUGCUCCGCCGCCGCACGGGCAAGGACAAGGCCCCGUCCUCCGACAACAAGCUUGACAUCGGCUCCAAGGAGGAAAAGGAGCUCCGGGAUGAAUUCGGUGAUGCAAAGGUCAAGCAGUUGGUGAUCAAGCCUCGGAGCAAACGUCGCAAUGGGUUCAUCUUCAUGCUGGGCGGCAUCUUUGGCAUCUUCAUCGCCUUGUUCUUCGCGAACCAACAUGAGGUCAUCAGCUUGGAGUCGCUCAUGGAUCUGAACCUUGAAUCGUUGAUUGAGGCAAUGCCCCAAGGACUUGUGAGUGACGUGAAGGCAUUCUCGCAGCACGAGCGCGACACGGUCAGCUACGAUUCAUUUUCUGUCGGACUACACCUGCAAUCCCAAGGAAUAAAAGCGAAACACCCCGUUGUCAUGAUCCCCGGAGUUAUCUCGACUGGCCUUGAGAGUUGGGGUACCGGGGAGAGUUCACGACAAUACUUCCGUCGCCGAUUAUGGGGAAGCUGGAGCAUGAUGCGUGCGCUAGUCAUGGAUAAGGCUGAAUGGAAGAACCAUGUCAUGCUGGAUCGGAAGACAGGCCUCGAUCCGCCGGGGAUUAAGCUCCGUGCGGCGCAGGGAUUCGAUGCCACGGACUUCUUUAUCACCGGAUACUGGAUCUGGAGCAAGAUCUUGGAGAAUCUAGCCACCAUCGGCUAUGAUCCGACCAAUGCAUUCUCGGCCGCAUACGAUUGGCGACUCUCAUAUCUUAACCUCGAAGUUCGUGAUAGCUACUUCACUCGACUCAAGUCCUACAUCGAGAUCGCGGUACUAGUCCAGGGUGAGAAAAUCACGUUAGCAUCGCAUAGCAUGGGAUCUCAGGUGGUACUGUUCUUCUUCAAGUGGGUCGAGAGCGACGAACACGGCAAAGGCGGCAAAGACUGGGUGAACCGCCAUAUCGACUCAUGGGUCAACAUCAGCGGCUGCAUGCUGGGCGCCGUCAAGGGCCUGACCGCCGUACUGUCCGGAGAAAUGCGCGAUACCGCACAGCUGAACGCAUUCGCCGUAUAUGGACUCGAAAAGUUCCUCUCGAAGGAAGAACGCGCGGAGAUCUUCCGCGCAAUGCCCGGCAUUUCCAGCAUGCUCCCCAAGGGCGGCGAAGCCAUCUGGGGAAACUCAACCUGGGCGCCAGACGACCAGCCCGGCCAAACCCUGACAUUUGGCAACCUGCUCAACUUCCAGGACCCAAACUCAACCUACACACAACGCAACCUUACCACACCAGAGAGUCUGCAGUACCUCCUGGACCAGAGCGAAGACUGGUACCGCGAUUCAGUGCUAAACAGCUACUCGCACGGCGUCGCACACACAAAACGCGAAGUCGAAGCUAACGAGAAGGACCCGCGCAAAUGGCUCAACCCUCUAGAGGCGCGUCUCCCAUUAGCCCCAGACAUGAAAAUCUACUGCUUCUACGGCGUCGGCAAACCGACAGAGCGCAGCUACUUCUACCAAGAAGAGCCCGAUCCACUGGUCAAGCUCAACGUCAGCAUGGACACAACCGUCACCAACGGCGAGGGCGUCGACCGCGGCGUCCUAAUGGGCGAGGGUGACGGCACCGUCAACCUGCUCAGCUCCGGCUACAUGUGUGCCAAGGGCUGGCGCAUGAAGCGGUAUAACCCUGCCGGCUCGAAGAUCAAGGUCUUUGAAAUGCCUCAUGAGCCAGAUCGCUUCUCGCCCCGUGGUGGACCUAACACUGGCGACCACGUCGACAUCCUAGGCCGAGCCUCACUAAAUGACCUUCUCUUGCGCGUCGCAAGCGGAAAAGGCGACUUGAUUGAAGAGACCUUCGUCUCCAAUAUCCGCGAGUAUGCGGAUCGUGUACAGAUCUUUGACGACUAA